GCUAGCUAGCUACAUGUAGUACAUAUGGAGCAGUGUUGCCAUGCAUGUAUGUCUUGCCUGCGUUACUGGUACCGUACCGGUACCAGGUACCGUACAGUACGGUACAGUCGUACCGUGGAACCUGUCAGGACGAAAGGAGCAUUCAGGUAGCCCUGCAGGCUUGAGCAUCCAAAACACGGUGGCAGGAUAUCGGAUACCGUAAAAGACGCCAUAAACCGAUCUCUUGAUUCAAUCCAGGAUACCAUCGUCCUUUCUAACCUCCCAGGCUGCGUUACUGAUAGGCUCGAACCUAUAGUUGGUUGUCUUUUGUGAGCGAAUCGAAUCUGUUAGCGAAAAAUGGCCGAAACCAAGGCUGAGCCGGCCACGGAGGAAACUGCUGAAGUUGGUCUCAAGAAACCAUUGGAAAUUGGAGACCACUGUAAUGUUCGAUGGCGAGACGGGGAACAGGUGCUAAUGGCAAGGGUCGUGGAGCGACGCCCUCUACUAGAGGGAAGCCGAAAGCGGCGAAAGGGCAGUGCCGCAACUGCCACGGCUGUUGACAUUGAAACGUUAAAGCCAGAAGAAGUUGAAUACUAUGUGCAUUACACCGAACACGAUCGGCGCUUGGACGAGUGGAUUAAGUUGGACAAGUUUCUGCUCGAAACACUCCAGAGAGCAGAAGACAUGAUGAAAAAGAGGACUUCCAACGAGGAUGAAAACAACAAACCACGGCCCAGUAGAAGGCGCAGUACUUCACAGACGACAAAUAAAUCCGGUGACGGAGCCUCCCUUUCUUUGACUGGCGGCAACUGGCCGGUUGGACACAGCGGGGAUCCUUCUCUCAAACAAUUGGAAGAAGAACACGAGGAGGCCACCAAAGUGAAAAAUAUUGCUAGCAUUGUCAUGGGCGCCUGGGAGGUCGAAGCUUGGUACUACAGUCCUUAUCCUGAGGAAUAUUCACAGGAAUCCACGGUCUUGUACGUGUGCGAGUAUUGCUUAAAGUACAUGCGGAAAGCCAAGACCCUCAAGAAACAUAAAGCGGAAUGCACAUGGAGGAGGCCUCCCGGCACUGAAAUUUACAGGGAAGACAAACUCAGUGUCUUUGAGGUCGACGGAAAGGAGAAUCGUGUCUAUUGUCAGAACCUUUGUUUGCUGGCAAAGCUAUUUUUGGACCACAAGACUCUCUACUAUGAUGUAGAACCAUUCCUCUUUUACAUCAUUACAUCCGUGGACGAUAAAGGAGCACACAUUGUUGGAUACUUCUCCAAAGAAAAGGUUUCGGCUGAAGAGUAUAACUUGGCGUGUAUCCUUACUUUCCCGCAGUAUCAGAGUCAAGGAUUUGGCAAAUUCAUCAUUUCUCUAUCCUACGAAUUGUCCAAGCGGGAAAUGAAACAAGGAUCCCCCGAAAAGCCUCUCUCGGACCUUGGAAAGAUUUCCUACCGCAGUUAUUGGAAGCACAUCUUAUUGCACCUCCUUGGCGAUCACGACACUUCAAAAGACCUGUCGGUCAAGGAAAUUUCGGUGCAAACUGGAAUCAAAACAGAAGAUAUCAUUUCCACGUUGCAAUCCUUGGAUAUGAUCAAGGUCUGGAAGGGACAACACGUCGUGUAUGUCAAACAAGAUACCAUCAACGCAUACUUGAAACAGAAAAAAAAAUUACGAUUGUGUAAACCAGAGUGUCUCAGUUGGCAACCGCCUCCAGAGAAGGACAAGAAAGUGACGAAGUGAUGCUCUUUACGGCUCGCGAGCAGCAGAAAUUCGAAUGUAGAAUUUGGAGAGAUGUAGGAUUUGAAGAGGAGAAUAUUGAAUUACUAUACUAGUAGCUCGAAAACUAUUCAGACUUUUGGGGCUGGUAAAUAUCCUAUCGUGUCAACUAGUAGCUUGCGCACAGCGCCCU